AUGCUCAUGCACAUAUAGGUGUCAGAUGGAUGGGUGAGCUUGACCCAAGAGUUUUUGCAAAUGCUUGCAGCAAAAAUGCAGCACAACAGGAUGCACAAGUUAAUUAUGAUACUCUUUGCUCCAAGUGGCAAGAUGAAAUUGCAAACCCAAAUUGGCGCCCGUAUAGGGUAUUCACCGUUGAUGGUAAAGAGACGAGAAUUCUCUCCAAGGAUGACACCAAGCUUCAGAAGUUAAAAGAGGAGCAUGGUGAAGAAGUCUACGCCUUGGUAACAAAUGCACUGCUUGAGAUCAACGAGUACGACCCCCGCAGCCGCGUAGGUGUACCAGAGCUGUGGAACAAGAAGGACGGUCGGAGAGCAACACUGGAAGAAACCAUCCAGUUUGUCCUUGAACAGAAGCAGUCAAACAAGAGGAAGUGCUGAGGCCACUCAUGAUUUAUCUAUGAUCUAGGGUGCUGCUGCUUUUGGUUGCCAUGAGACUAUUCACACCUUGAACUUUAGACAUAGUGUAAUCGUAGUGCUAGUGGACUGUUUUGAGGUAUCAAUGGUUUACUGUUUCUUAGCCUUGACCCCCCUUUUGUCGGCUAAGUCGAUCGAGCUUAGCUAGAUUUUCUUGUUUUAGUGUUGGCAUGAAGCCAUGAAUGCUAGUACUAAUCUAAAAUGUUGAUUUGCUCCA